AUGUCAGGAGAUGAGCUUGUACAAAAUUAUGACUAUAUUGCUGCCAACAUUAAAGAUUAUAUCGAAGACGACAAGUUAGUCAGUAUUUUUGAGCUAGAUGACGUCAAAAUAAUUUUGGAAGGAGCAAAUUUAGCAUCGAAUGAUUUUAUUACUUUGAUGGAUCAAUAUUCAUCUAGAAUUACCACACAAGAAUUAUAUAAAACUCUUCGAAAUGCAAAUGUUUCCAUUGAGGAUGAUCAAGAAGUUAUUUCAACACUUGUAGCACUUAAAAAAUACAUGAAAUUAGGUGCACUUGAUGGAAUAAUUAAUUACCUUAAUCAAAAACCAAAAGAAGUAGCUGAUUCAUCAAAAAGAAUUUCGGAACUUGAAAAUUCAAUUUCAAGAAUCCAAACAGAGUUAAAUGAUAUCCGAAAUCAUAGCCAACCGAAGGAAGACGAAUUACCACCAGCACCUAAACCUCAAACAGCAAGAAAGAAUGUUUCAGGAAUCGUUGUAAUGACAGAAGAAAAUGAAAGAGAAAACAUUAUAAAUAUAAUUGCAGGAUAUAAAAACUCUAAUGAUUUCGAAAGUAUCUACAAUUUCAUGAAUGAUCUUUCAGAAAAUGGAAAUCAAGAAAUGCUUAAAAAAGCAUGUGAAAAAGGAUUAAAUGAAAAGAAAGAAAAAGAAAACGGAAAUAAUGUAUUUAUUGAAGCAUGUGAUCGAGGAAAUCUUCAAUUAGUUCGUAAUUUAUUUGCUUGUGGAUGCAACAAAGAAUCUAAGAAUAAUAUUGGGCAAACACCUCUUAUUCGUGCAUUACGUUUAGGUCAUCUUGAUGUUGUUAAAUAUCUUGUUUCAGUUGGCGCAAACAUCGAAGCAAAGGAUAAUGCAUUUCGAUGCACUCCUCUUGUUUAUGCAUCAUAUAAAGGACAUCUUGAUGUUGUAAAAUAUCUUAUCUCAUGUGGUGCAGAUAAAAAUGUUAAGACCAGAAAUGGACAUACUCCACUCAAGAACGCAAAAGGUGCCGUGAGAAACUAUUUGAUAUCAAUUGGUGCGAAAUAA